AUGCCGCCACCGAAGCCUCCGAAGCGCUCCGAAGUGGACGUUCCCGAUCGCUUGAAGGGUCUCAAGGUACUAAGCGUUACGAACCCCUCUCGGCCAUUCGAACUGACCACUCUGCAGUACGGCGUCGAGCAAUGGACUCCUGUCGACCUCAUCUCCGGCCGUGACGCCCGCGGCAAAUUCUUCACCCUCACCUACAGCGCCGACGAAGACCGGAUCCUUUCCCAGUACUGCACUCUCCACUACCUCGGAGUUCUCGAUACCGAGGAGGGCGGAUCCAGCGUCACGCUGCCCAGCGCUCAGGACGUACUGCUUAUGGCUCGGAACAUCAACCAUCGCACUGGAAACGCACUGCUAGACUUUGCGCUCGCUGAUCGUCUGCUGCGAUGGUUCUUUGGAGUUUACGCAAAGGAGAAUGUCCUCGAGGCGAAGCUUGGAAGUGCCUCGAAGAAGAAAAUUGUGGAUGAGGUCUGGGAGAUUCUGGCCGAGGAGGGGCAGGGCACAGUUGCAGCUCCUGGCGCUGGUACUGGCCAUGAUGAAGACACCCAGCAGACCGCUGAUUCCAAGUUGACUUCUCUUGGCGCUGCCGGCCCAGCAUCUUUCUCUUCGGGACCCCAGUCUCUCGUCGGUGCUGGCAAUAGCGAAAGCACCACCGGCGGAACUCAACAGGUUACCGCUCCACAGCCCAGCUUCAACUUCUCGUCCCUCGGUGGAAGUGCUGGCGAUGACGGCAGCACCGGCGGAAACCAGCAAGGCGGCGCCAACUUGACUGCUCUUGGUGGAUUCGUCGCUGGUGCGUGGUCCCCUUCCUCGAUCCAGCCUCCGCCAACGCCGGUCACCAUGGCCCAGGACCAGACUUUCAACGCUGCCAACCAUAACCACAUCCCCUUUGCCCCUCCGCCAACGACUCCCCGCCCAGGUCAAGCUGGCUGUAACGACAACAUAACUCCCGCCCCACCAGAGGCCCCACGGCUCAUGCCAGGCUCCUUCACAAUCAACAGCACUCCCGACAGCAGCCCUCUCGCCGAGCGCAGUGGUGGUAAGAAGCUGGCCGACCUCUCCCACAACCCCGAUCUCGCGCCCUACGCCAAACUCACCACGGCAGUCGCUAGCCGCUUCGGCGUCUCUGCUUUACGCCAAUCCCUCUACGACGCUCAUCUCGCCAACCAGACGAGCGAUCAGCUAGCUGGUCGAGCUGCCUUGGAGAAGAUGCAGGGUUCUCUUUGCGAGGCGAUCGAGGUGGGCGAGAAGAAGAUGGCGGAGCGGAAAGCUAAGACGGAGGAGGUGUUGAGGGAGUAUAAGCAGAUUCGGGAUGAAAGGAUGGGAUUUGAUUGA